AUGACCGUUACGUUAUUGACAACGAACGAGACGAGAAAGGUGUUUCAGUAUGGUGUCGGGGAAUGCGUUGAUGAAGACACUUGCAGAUAUGUGAGUAGAUUAGACAUCAAAGGUACUGGUAAUGAGCAACGGAAGAAACUAUACGUGGACUUGCGACUAGCCUUAGAACAGAUUCAUGCAUACAUUGAUAGCAGAAAAUUAGAAGAACUGAUUUAUUAUCACAAGCCACAGUUUACGUUCACAAAAUCGGAUGUGACCUUAAUUAGUCAGUUUACUGUCAAUAGAUUAGAGCGUUUCGAGCAGGCAUUAGGUGCAUGGCCAGGCCCUGUAUCAGCCGUAAUUUAUCUAAUUUCUCCCCACGAUAUUGACGUGCUAAUUACAUACUUUUCGAUGGAUAAGAAUGUUUACUUAUACAAUCGAGUUGAUCUUACGAUUGUCAAGCCAGAUUACUCAAACGAUAUCUACCUCAAAUAUCCAAUCAACAAACUUCGUAAUAUCGGAAUAGAGGCCGCACCAACUAAUUACAUAUUUGUUAUGGACGCCGACUUUGUUCCUACACCGCGACUAUAUGAGUUUGCCGUUUCGUACAUAGUGCCACAGCUACAAACAUUGGAACGACCAACGGUGUUUAUUGUGCCGUGUGUCGCAUUGGUUGAAAAUUAUGAGGGACAACCUCCAAGAGAUAUAAGCGAUCUUAGGCGCUUGUAUUCUAAUGGUUGGGCGUAUGUCACUGAUCCACGAGCAGGACAUGGGCCAACAGGGAUCAGGCUGCUUUUAUCACAUCCGUUGAAGGUAUCUCGGCCGUAUUAUGAAGUUUGCUACGAGUCCCAAUGGGAGCCAUACUAUAUAUUACCGAAGAGUGCGCCGAUGUACGAUGAGCGAUUCAGGAACCAAGGAGGAGAUAAGCAACAGCAUACGUUAGCUCUGAAUGCCCUUAAAUACAGAUUUCUCGUACUAAGGGAACACUUUAUAUAUCAUUUGGAUCAUGCCAAGCUUCUGUGGCCUGGAGGGGGUUUUAAGCAUGCACAAUUGACAGAGAAAGAAUUUACGUAUUUUGAGCAUUAUAUUCCAGAAAUGGAAAAGAAAUUCGGAAUCAGUGUUAGAUGGCCAAGGGGGUGUUCUCGGGCACUUUUUAGAGAUCAAAUGCGAGAUUUGGUUGGGAUUGGAGUUGGAUAA